UCAAAAUGGGCUCUCGUGGGCAGCACAUUCUACUGCUACCCUUCUUGGCUCAUGGCCAUCUCAUCCCAUUCCUCGCACUAGCAAGGCAACUCCAACAAACAAAGGGCUUCACCAUCACCAUUGUAAGCACCCCCCUCAACAUUCAAUACCUCAAAUCCACCAUUUCCUCCGAUUCGCCUAACAUCCACCUCGCCGAGCUCCCUUUCUGCAGCACCGACCACGGUUUACCACCCAACGCUGAGAAUACCGAGAACUUGUCUCCGCAUAACGUGCCAACCCUCUGCCAUGCAUCGGUGACACUCGAAGCUCCUUUCCGCCGCCUAGUCCAUGAUAUCAUGGACCAAGAAGACGGCGGCCGGCCGCCUCUUUGUAUAAUAUCCGAUGUGUUCUUCGGAUGGGCAGUCAAUGUUGCCAAAAGUGUAGGUAGUGUGAGCAUUACUUUCACCACUUGUGGCGCUUAUGGCACUGCUGCUUACAUGUCUUUCUGGCUGCAUCUCCCACAUCUUCAUAGAGAUUACAAAGAGUUCUUCAAGCUGCCAUGGUUUCCUGAUAGCCAUCGCUUCCAUUGCUCACAACUGAAUCCAUUAGCAAAAGUUGCCAACGGUACGGACGCGUGGUCUAUGUUUAUGCGGUUGCAAAUUUCACUCUCUUUAGGCUCUCAUGGGUGGUUGUGUAACACUGUUGAGGAAAUUGAGCCUUUAGGAAUGGAAGUUCUUAGAAAAUAUCUCAAACUUCCUGUUCGGGCUAUUGGUCCUCUUCUUCCUCCGGCUGCGCUUAAGAAACCGUACUCGUCCUCUUCUUUUGGCUCCAAUAUAUUUAAACAACGUGCCGGUAAGAAACUUGGAAUAUCACAAGAAAAAUGCAUUGAGUGGCUCAAUCUACAAGGUCCAAGUUCCGUUCUAUACAUUUCGUUCGGUUCCCAGAACACUAUCAGUGCCUCCCAAAUGAUGGAGUUAGCUUUAGGUUUGGAAGGUAGUGGAAAACCUUUCAUUUGGGUCCUUCGGCCACCUACUGGUUUCGACAUAAAAGGUGAAUUCAAGGAGGAAUGGCUACCGAAAGGGUUCGAAAAGCGAAUGACUGAAAGCAAACAAGGCUUAUUGGUACACAACUGGGCACCGCAGUUGGAGAUUUUGUCACACGAAUCUACAGGAGCGUUUUUAAGCCAUUGCGGGUGGAACUCGGCAUUGGAGAGCUUAAGCCAGGGUGUUCCAAUUAUUGGGUUGCCGAUGGGGGCUGAGCAGAUUUACAAUUCGAUGAUGCUGAUGGAGGAGAUGGGUGUGUGUGAGGAGUUGGCAAGGGGAGUGCAGAGUGAUAUUGUGGGGAAGGAGGUGAUCAUGAGGGUGAUAGAAUUGGUCAUGGACAAGAAGAAAGGCAAAGGGAAGGAGAUGCAGAAGAAGGCUUCUAUCAUUGGAGGGCAAAUAAGAGCAGCAACCAAGGAUCCAGGGGGAGAAGAUGAGGGGUCUUCUCUAGUACUUGAAGCAUUGAAUGAUUUUUGUGCUUAGGACAACAGAUGACAAGCUAAAACGGAGGUGACCAGACCACUACUUAUGACAACUUCGAUG